UCCAUGUGAUAUACGUGGGAUCAUUCGCUCCUUGUUGAAUUUUCGACAAAUAUACUAAAGUUACAAGAAAAUAUGCGCUUCGUCUUUGCCUUCCUGAUUUUAUAUGUGACAUAACGAACAUUGUUUUAUCACAGAACUUAAAUAUUUCUCAUAGCAACGUCAAAUCGAGCGAGACAUCUGGGACACACUCAUGUUCCGUUCUCGUGUCACGUAUCAUCAUGACUUUGUGAUAGGCAGCUGCAGGCGAAGCAGUUGUCCUUUCCUGCAAAGCGAAAGUGAAAGUGUCGCUUCAACUGUGAGCAGGUCAAGUCCGGCUGGUGUCGGAUCAAGAAGGGGACCAGUACCCCAGUCGUCAUGACUUCCAUCUUAAAGAUACUGAUAUAUUUGUACCUGUGUGCAGGAGUUCUGUGUGUUCGCCAGAUGCAAUGGCUGCCCUGUCAGUUCAUUGAUGAGAAGGUGUUUAUUAAUAACGAGGGUCACACCGAGACUCAGCUCAUACACAGAGAGGCUCUGCUGCAGUUUGGUCAAAAAGAAGAUCCUCCAGUUCAGCCACAUGCCAUCACUUUCCUGGUCACAGGAUCUAAGUUGGAUCUCCGGCGGUACCUGAAGGAGGUGGAGGCGGAGCAAUUGGAGUGUGAGCUGCGCAGGUACAGUACAGAGGGCAUCCAUGUCCGCUGGCCUGUCCAGGGGGCCCUGGAGUACAACCGCUGGUUCAGCUGCACCCUCAAACACAGCAGGGGCCUGUUCACCGUCACUGGCUUCCUCAGACACCCAUCUGACCAACCGUCCCCGGGACAGCAGGACUACCGCAUUUGGCCGGCCGUCGGGGACAGAGACAUCCUCACAACAACAGUUGCCAUGGUCAUUAAAACACAAUCUCCGUCAGUGAAAGCAGGCCUGAGCUCCCAACAGAAGCUUCAUUGCCAGUUUGCACUGGACCACAGGGGACCAAAAGUCAUCGUGGAGUGGCACUUUCAACACCGCGGGGAGAGAACCAUACUCUUCAGCCACGUGAGCCACACGGGCCAAACCCAGGGGACCAAGGUUGACCUGAAGAGCCUUGCGGGCGGGGACGCUUCCUUCACCCUCCCCUUCGCCAAGAUGAGCAGCGAGGGGAGGUACAUCUGUUCGGUGUCAGUGAAUCCACUGUUCGUCAGUCUGGAUAUAAAUCUGCAAAUCGAAGAGCCUCCCCGUGUCUCUGUCAAUGUUGGACCUCGUCUCCACCUGCAGGAGGGCGCUGAGCAGAAGGUUGUCUGUGAUGCCGAAAGCUAUUACCCCCUGGACGUGGAGAUAGUUUGGCACCAGCAGGACCCGAGGGCGGCGGGAAAGCGGGUCGGCGCUCCCCUGCCGAAGGUGCUCCAGAACGUCCUGCUGUCGAGCCACAAGCGCAACCUGGACAAGACCUACACCGUGUCGGCUUUCUUCUACCUCCGGGCCUCGCAGGAGGACUCUGGGACACAGUUCACGUGCAUCGUCUCCCACCAGUCUCUACGCGUGCCCAUCAAGAAGAACUUCACCCUGCUCGUGGAAGAGCCAAGCAGCUGGUUCUCCAGCCUCAUGGUCGGUGUCAUUGUGGUCAUGCUGCUGGUCAUUCUGUACUUGAAGCGGGAUUACCUGUGCUCAGUGACAAGAAAAUACGUGCAGAAAAAAACAUACUGAGAACCCUCAGCGGCCUGAGCUCAACAUCACAAGCACCAGUGAAGGCCGUCUGGCUCCUCAUUCAUUAUUAUUAGUUGUUCGGAAUGUAUUAGACGUUUUAUUGUUUAAAUCAAAAGGUGAGUUUGAGUUUCCGUGAAACUGAAAGUUGCUUUGAAACUUUGCGCUUCUAUUUUCGUUCAUGCUAAAAUACACGAUGUUGAAGUAAAUCCGUGGUGGUGGGCGGAGCAGGCCACUUCGCUGGUGAUGAUGCAUGGACAGUCGAAAGCAGCAGUUCUAUGGAGCAGAAGAAGAAUGCUAGGUUACAAACAUGUAUGUAAGCAGCUCUACUAUUUAAAAAAAAAAUUGAAUACAAGGAUUGUAAAUGUUUCAUGAGGACGUAAAUACAUUCUACAUGUUUUUCAGAGGGAUACACAGUGUCUUACUGAUUUAUCUGAGCAGCGUAACAGUAAUGGACAUAAUCCUAACCCAAGACAUAUAGUACAUCUACGGGAAUCGUAAAAAGUGACGAUACAUUAAUAUUUAAAUUGUUUAAAUUAUUACUGAAUUGAAAAACAUAUACAUAAGUGGUUUGUAGAUUACUUUUGGCAAAAUUCGGCUGAAUAAACUGUUGAUAGAGUCAGAAA